AAGAGAGGGAGAAAGUAAAAGAGAAAGUUAAAUCGAAUACUGUUGAAAAACAAGAACCCAGGCGUUCUCAUCUUUGUCUCUCCGUUUUCUGCCAUUUCUCCCAGUCCGCCCAGCGAGGAAGAGAUUGAAGAAGAAUCAAGAUUAAUACAAUGACCACACAGCAGGAAGGAAAAUGCUACGACCCCAACGACACCACUCUGAAAUUUGUCAAUAGAAGGGAUGAUUUGGAUCCCUUAGGUGACGACGACGGGACCCUGAGGGCAGAGAUGAGCUGUGGUCAUGCCGUCACCCCAGAGUCUUUGACCGGAUGGUGUCGCAGUCUUCUGGAUCAGGGCCAGUACAAGUUCCUGUGUCCUGCGCUGAAGGAGGGCACAUUAAAGAAGUGUGGUGCACAGUGGACAUACCAGGAAGUGCGUAGACUGGCUGUCUUGACAACUGAAGAGAUGGAGCACUUUGAAGAGACCCUGGCCUGCCUGGCUGCUGCAACUUACUGUGAAUUCAAGGCAUGUCCUAGCUGCCAGACCUGUCUUGAGAGAAAGGAUAUCUCCAACUUGAAUGUCUGCUGCACCAUAUGUACAGCCGACAAACAGAAGACCUAUGAGUUCUGCUGGCAGUGCCUCAAAAAAUGGAAAGGUUCAGGCCCUCGUUCUGACCGCUGUGACAAUGAAGGCUGCACCAACCAUGACCUGGAGCUGCUCAAGAACUGCAAGUCCACAUCUCUAAAUCAGGUCCAGGGAGUCACCAACUGCCCCUCCAUUCGUGCCUGUCCAACCUGUGGCCAGAAAGUGGAGCAUGACAAGUUAGGCUGUAAAAACAUAAUUUGUCCCCGCUGUCAGGUGGAAUUCUGCUUUGUGUGUAUCAAGCUCACUCCUGAGUGCUUGAAGACCAGUUCCUAUUUCAUACCCUGCUCUGAUGGUGUGGCUCCUAGGCAGACAACCAUACCUGUAUGGCAAAGGCGUUGAGUAAUUCUCAAUGAAUUUGACAUUUCUUUGUACAGAUUACAUAUAUACAUGUUCUACAGGCUUUUGAUUUGGGUAGCUUGUACCACACACACAAAAAUAUUACGAAUUAAAUUCACUGUAUAUUCAUGUUUCUUGUUUCAGUUGGUCAAUGUUUCUCUUAAGAAUAAUUGUGGAAUGAUUUGUUCUGAUAAUAUCCUUAUGCUCUGUGCUGUUAAAUAAAGACAAAAACAAA